AUGGUCUCGUCGACCCCCCAUCUCGACGCCCUCCGGCGCGACGGGUUCGUCAAAAUCCCCAACCUCCUCCCGCAACACGUCCUCCUCGCCAUGCAAGCAACCUGCAAAUACACGACCGACCGUGCCCGACAAGGCAAGUGGCCGCACGUGCGCACCGUGCCCAAACAAUACCCGCCCUGGCACGAGUGGCAGCCCGGCGACCACAUCUGGGGCGUCCAGCACCUGCUCCACCCGGACAUGCCCACACGCGACACCUUUGCCGAAGUCUACUUUGGCGACCCGGUCCUGGACGUCGUCAAGGAACUCGUCGGCCUCAAGGACGACGACGACGACGACGACGACGACGGUCUCGUCAUGGAACUGUUCAACCUGCUCGUCAGCCCCGAUGGCGGGCGGGAUUUCGAACUCGCGUGGCAUCGCGACGACGUGCGGCCUGACGUGACGCCGGAGGAGGAGGCGCGGCAGUUGAACUUGAACUCACGCGAGGAGGACAGGCAACUCCAGCUGCACGCGCAAUAUAAUAUUGCGUUGUUUGAGGAUUCGUCCCUCGUCGUCGUGCCGGGGAGCCAUCGGCGGGUGCGCACGCGGGCCGAACGCGACGCCGCGCCCUACGAGCCGAAUUUACCGGGCCAGGUCGUCGUCGCGCUGCAGCCCGGGGAUGCCGUGUUCUAUGAUAGCAACAUCUUGCAUCGCGGCGUUUACCGGGCCAUUGACGCCGCGCGGGAGCUCGGGCGCAUGACGCUGCAUGGGUCGGUCGGGUUGGCGGGGCAUGGCACGGAGCGGGCGAGACAGGUCCUCCAGCAUGGCGUGGGCGAGUGGGUUGGGAGGGCCAAAUUCUCGAUAGAGGGCGCCAAGGGCGCGAGAGCCGAGGGGAUGCGGAAACGUCUGAUGGAGAUGGGGAGUGGGAAAGAUGUCGGGUAUUCGCUGGUGGGAUGA